ACAAAUGCUAAAAAUUCUUUAGUGUCACCGCGAUUAUUUAUCUAGCCGCACGCAUUCUUUGACAAAAAAUAUUAUUUUUUUGUAAUAUUUUCAAGUGAAAUCCUAAUCAUAAAAGGAGACGCGACUUUUAUUUUUUACAAAACAAAGAUUAAAAUGCUUGGUGCGGUCCAACCAUUUCUGAUAGAGAAGGAGUAUGAGAAAAACCCGGACAUUUUGCAGGACGACAUCCAAAAAAUUAAAGAAUGGCUAAAGACUCAACCACACCUGCCUGGAGAGUUGUUAACUGAUUUAGACCUCAUCAUCGCUUUCCACAGCUGUGACAAUAGUGUGCAAGUCACCAAGCAAGUGCUGGAUCUGCACUACACGCUUCGUACUCUCUUCACGGCAUUGUUUAAAGAUCGAGAUGUCGACCAACGGAUUAUUAGUACUAUGAACACUACCUUACUUGCUCCUCUACCUAUGCCUACUGUGAAAGGCUAUCGCGCGGUGUUCUGCGGUAUCCUCGACCCUGAUGCUCGGCUGUUCAACUUCCCGGACGUCAUACGAACCACUAUGAUGGUGAUAGACUUGUGGCAAUAUGCUGAAGGGACAUGGCCUGGGUUUGUCAUAAUAAUUGAUAUGAACCAAGCAACCUUAGCACACAUUGCUAAGUUGGACAUAAUGACUCUACGGCAAACGCUAUACUUUCUCCAGGAAUGUAUGUUGGUGAGACUGAAAGAGGUGCAUUUUAUAAACGCGCCAUCAUUUAUGGACAAAUUAAUGAUGUUACUGAAGCCAUUCAUGAAAAAAUCGCUGUUGGAUAUGAUACACAUACAUGAGACGGGGUCGCAAGAGCUGUAUAAGUAUAUACCAAAGAAAGCUUUUCCGAAAGAUUUAGGAGGAGAUUAUAAGAGUAAAAAAGAUAUAGGAGAUGACUUGAUCCAUUGGUUACAAGACAAUAAGUCGUUUUACAUCGAAGAAAACAAGCGUCGAGUGAAUGAGUCUUUACGACCGGAUGGCAAAAAAACUACAAUUGAAGAUUUAUUCAGCAUCCAGGGCAGUUUUAAGAAAUUAGAUAUAGAUUAAUGGGGUUAUAUAGUGUAUUUAUAUUGAAUCCAUGUGGGGCUACUGAUUUCACGCAAUAAAUUUAUAUUCAUUCAUGAAAGAAUCCAUACUUCCAUACUACUAAUUUAUUAUUAAGUAUUUCUAGAGUGUGUAGCAAUUGUAGCGUCUGUCUGUUUUUCUGUCCGUCCAUCCAUCCGUCCGUCCAUCCGUCCGUCCGUCCGUCCGUCGGUCUCUCCGUCUGUUACAUUCCCAAGCAGUCUGGGGAUGCUGUCAGCAUGCAAAUGAUUGCAAAUGGAAGCGGUAUCUGUGCCGCAUAAAAAGUAGUUUAUUCCACUCUCUAGUCUCUAAACCUAGCUACAUUCAUGGAAAACUCAUAUCAAUCCGUUGCCCCGCUGAAGCUUUAUUGAAGGGCAAACAUUUAAACAAACAAAUUUUCGCAUAGUCAUAAUAUUAGUGGAAUGGGAUAUUACAUGAAUAAAAUUAUCUUAUAUUUAGGAUUAUUAGGAGAUUAGGAGUUAGGUAGGCAUAAUGAAAAAAUGUAAUAAUUUUCAUAUUCACACUGGAAGUUUUGCUCAAAUUAAGACGACAUAAAAUGUUUAGUGAAAUAUUUGAUUGUA